CGCUCGGCCGAUCGGGCGCCCCACGCAGCGGCGGCGGCUGUCUUCGGAUAGCGCGAUGCUGAGGGCGGGGCGGCUUGGGGGCGCCUGUGCGCUGCGGCUGCUGCUGGCGGCUCACACGGUGGCGGCAUUCGAGCCCAUCAGCGUGGGCAUCGCCAUCGGGGCCGCGUCGGCCCUCACCGGCUACCUGUCCUACACCGACCUGUACUGCCGCUUCGCCGAGUGCUGCCGCGAGGAGCAGCCGCUCAACGCGUCGGCCCUGAAGCAGGAAUUGGAGGAGAAGCUGUUUGGGCAGCAUUUGGCCACAGAGGUGAUUCUCAAGGCGCUGACUGGCUUCAAGAACAACAAAAAUCCCAAGAAACCACUGACUCUUUCCUUGCACGGCUGGGCUGGCACGGGCAAGAAUUUUGUCAGCCAAAUUGUGGCUGAAAAUCUUCACCGGAAGGGCCUCAAGAGUAACUUUGUCCACCUGUUUGUAUCGACCCUGCACUUCCCUCACGAGCAGCAGAUAAAACUCUACCAGGACCAGUUACAGAGCUGGAUUCGGGGUAAUGUGAGCGCAUGUGCGAGUUCCCUGUUCAUAUUUGACGAAAUGGAUAAAUUGCACCCGGGGGUCAUUGAUGCAAUCAAGCCGUUCCUAGAUUACUACGAGCAGAUUGAUGGUGUGUCUUACCGGAAGGCCAUCUUCAUCUUUCUCAGCAAUGCAGGCGGGGACCUCAUAACUAAGACGGCCCUUGACUUCUGGCGGGCAGGGAGAAAGAGGGAAGACAUCCAGCUGAAGGACCUGGAGCCGGUGCUGUCUGUCGGAGUCUUCAAUAACAAACACAGUGGCUUGUGGCACAGCGGACUGAUAGACCGAAACCUCAUCGACUACUUUAUCCCCUUCCUGCCCCUGGAGUACAGACACGUGAAGAUGUGUGUCAGGGCAGAGAUGAAGGCCCGUGGUUCUGCUGUAGACGAAGACAUUGUCACCAGCGUGGCAGACGAAAUGACGUUUUUCCCCAAAGACGAGAAAAUCUACUCAGACAAGGGCUGCAAGACUGUGCAGUCACGGCUGGAUUUUCACUGAGUGCUUAUCCAGGCGGAUGAGACGCAGCUGGGAGCUCAGCGAGCCGGGGCCUGGCCUUUCCGAGCACUUUGACGACCCCUUCAGGGGUUUGCACAUUUGCACCUGUGGACUUUCAGGAUAGGGAAGGUUCUAGGUUGAUUUUCGAAAUGAUGCUAAUCUGUCAAGUGUACUUGUCAUUCUGCAAUGUGACAGCAACCCACCUGUUCAUGGCAGUUGAAGAUGAACUUUUGAAAUCCCUCUGCACUUCACGGACCAUGACAGAAGUGCCUGUAAACAGCUUUGUGAGUGAGACCUAGGGCCGUUCCUGCCCCAGCGGUACCCACACCUCAGAAGCUGCUGCUCUAACUGGAGUCCAGGGACCUCGCUGCGAUCCAGGGCAUUGGGUUUUCACCCGCCAGAAACUUUCUUCUACUCUUCCUUUUUCUUUACAGAGAGCGCGUUCAUUGCCUUGAAGGGUUUUCCGUUAAAAGCAGUGGCACCUGCAAGCACAGACAGUGUGUGGUGGGAGGCCACGGGCCUGUGGGCUGAGCACUCGGCUGGGUGAGCCGUCUGCAUGUGGGGUGGGGGCUCCACACCAGACCCCCGCAGCAGAGCAGGACGGACAGGACCUCUCCGUCUGUCCGUUGCUCUGACUGUGAUUACAGCCCUGGACUUGGAAUUCCUUCUCCCAUCUCUCACUUAGUAUUGACCUCAGCCUUCCUUGCACUGCUUCUAUUCCUGAACUUAGGUCACUGCUAAUAUCAUCACUAGAGUCGAAUCAGAGUGAGACCGAUGGCUUGGAAUUUGAGUCCUUGGUUCCCACGGGAAAAUACCUGUCUGUUACAGUUUACAUGCAGGUCAGUCUCUCCCUCAACUCCCCAGAACCAUUUGAAGUCUGUACGACAUGCUUAUUCUCCACGGUGACAUGUGCCAACCAAACGGUCAGCUUACAGAUGCCGCAUCACCAAAGUGGAAGUAUUGUACACUAAAAAUGCUCGAGUUUUCAAGGAGAUGUAUUUUUUUAUAAUGUUUUUACUUCUGAAUCUUAGGUAAUACAAAUAUAGGAUGUUGAUUAUUUUAAAACAUAGGAAGGACACGAAAUGGAAUAAUUGCCUAUUCGUUUUUCAUUUAUCAGAUACUCUUAAAACAGAUGGUUUAGGCUGGUCCUGGGUGUCAUCCGAGAAUGAUCCCCUACGUGGCAGCGCCAGGCUAGACUGCCCCGGCCAUUGGGGAAAAAAGACUUCGAUUCCAGCCAGUGUGAAUCGUUCAAUCUUGUAGUUGCAAUGCAACUGCAGAUGUGUAACAAGAACAUGCAGCUUUUUUAUAUAUAAAAAAUGGCAGAAUGAAUGUUUCUACGUCACAGCAGUGCCUUACAGAGGAUCACACUUAGUCUUUAAAAAAAAAAUACCAAGGUGAGGCUGAAAAUUUUUAGUACAUGUUCUCAAAUUUGAGUUAAGUUAUAUUUCUUUUAUAAUCUUUUGGGUGUCUGGUCAGGAGGAGAUAAGAUUUUUUUGUUUACAAUGAUGCAAUAAAUUGAACACAUGUUGGCUACCUUUGGACUGCUGUUACUGAUUUAUAACUUGAAAGGGCCACGGUUACCCACAGCCCAGUCUCCCCACCCCACGUAAGAUGUAGACAAGCUUGAAUUGACUGAAUAUAAAAUAAUAAAGCCUAAAUUUAAUCAUG